AUGUCGCCGAUCACCUCCUUCGAGCUGGGUUCAAAGUUCGAGGCGCAGUGCGAAGUGAGCAGGAGGCGCAGACAAUGCGCAACAUCUACCCAGGAGCGCCAUCCCAACGCGGCUGAACUAUUUGAGCCCGUUAUUAUCGCAGACAUGAAAUUGCCUGAUGCAUUCGAAGGCCAUCUGGCAGGCUGCGAAGGAGUUGCUCAUGUGGCAUCUGAUUUGAGCUUCAGCCCAGAUCCUAACGUAGUCAUCAAUGGGUGUGUCGCUGGCCUAAAAUCGAUUUUGCAGCAAGCUCGGUCCGAAACGUCUGUCAAGAGGUUUGUAUACACAUCCAGCAGCAAUGCAGCGACAAGACCUUUAAUUGGGGAAGUCAGGCAUGUGGAUUCAGGCUCAUGGAACGAUGAUAUCCUGCAGGAGGCUUGGGCGCCUCCACCAUAUACAUCCGAUCGUGCAUAUGCUGUGUACGCUGCUUCAAAGGUUGCCUGCGAGCGUGCCGCCUGGGACUUCAUGCGCAGCCACGAACCGGAUUUCACGCUCAACACUGUGCUUCCAAACUACACUUCGGGUAUCAUUCUGCAACCGCUCAGUAUCCCAGGUACUGGCAGCACUGCGCGCUGGGUUCGCGAUGUAUUCGAUCACCCUUUCAAAGAAGAUUUCGUGUCCAAAUUGCGAGACGAUAGUCCACAGUGGCAGGUCGACGUGGAGGACAUUGCAAAGCUACAUCUUGCGGCUCUUACCUUUGAGGAUGUCAAGGACGAGCGCCUCUUUGGGUUUGCGCACAAAUUCAACUACAACAGCUUCUUACAGACCUUCCGAUGUCUGGCACCGAAACAGGAAUGGCCAGCUGAUCAGCCUGGACGAGUAUUAGCAAGUACGAUAGUUGAGAACGGGAGAUCCAUUGAGUUGCUGAGAAGAUUCGGGAUGGACAGCUGGGUUCCAUUCGACGAGAGUGUCCGCCGUUCCUGUCUGGGUGGAUAUGGAGAUGGGUUCGCUGCUUAUAGCGGGACCCUGCCCUAA